AUGGAGCCUCUCAACGUCUUGAUGGUCGGUACUGGAGAGUACACCACCGGCUUUGUCGGUGGCGGUGCCUCUGGCUCGGAUAAGAAGGUCGGCGUCGUCGGUCUCAGUCUCUUCGACCUGAGGAGAAGGGGCAAGGUCAGCCGGCUGGGCAUGGUCGGCGUCAACGGCACCAAGUUUCCCGCCAUCAGGGAACAUCUCGACAAGAACAUCACUCAGUUCUACAACGGCCUGGACACCUCCUUCGACUCGUUCCCCGCCAACGACAAGGUCGACCCCGAGUCCUACAAGACGGCCAUUGACGCGCUGAAGCCCGGCGACGCCAUUACCAUCUUCACCCCCGACACAACCCACUACCCCAUCGCCCUCUACGCCAUUGAGCGCGGCAUCCACGUCCUGCUGACCAAGCCCGCCGUCAAGGAGCUCGACCACCACCAGGCCCUCAUCGAAGCCGCCGAGAAGAAGGGCGUCUACGUCUUUAUCGAGCACCACAAGCGCUUCGAUCCCGCCUACUCAGACGCCCGCUUCAAGGCCCAGAAGCUCGGCGACUUCAACUACUUUUACAGCUACAUGUCCCAGCCCAAGUUCCAGCUCGAGACCUUCAAGGCCUGGGCCGGCAAGGACUCGGACAUCUCCUACUACCUCAACAGCCACCACGUCGACAUCUGCGACUCCAUGGUCACCCAGCUCGGCUUCGUGCCAGUCAAGGUCACGGCCUCGGCCUCCAAGGGUAUCGCCACCGACCUCGGCUGCGACCCCGCCACAGAGGACACCAUCACCGUCCUCGUCGACUGGGUCAAGACGGGCGACCCCAGCAAGAGGGCCACCGGCGUCUACACCGCCAGCUGGACCGCGCCGCAGCGCGCCGGCGUCCACUCGAACCAGUACUUCCACUACCUCGCCGCCAACGGCGAGAUCCGCGUCAACCAGGCCAAGCGUGGCUACGACGUCGCCGAAGACGCCGCCGGCCAGCUCACGUGGUACAACCCCUUCUACAUGCGCUACGCCCCCGACGAGGACGGCAACUUCAACGGCCAGACCGGCUACGGCUACAUCUCCAUCGAGAAGUUCGUCGACGGCUGCCGGCAGGUCAACGCCGGCCAGCUCAAGCCCAAAGACCUCGAUGCCAAGGGCCUGCCGACCCUCAAGAACACAAUCGCUACCACCGCCAUCCUCCACGCCGGCAGGAAGAGCAUCGACGAGAAGCGCGACGUCAAGAUCGAAAUCAACGACGGCGUCUGGAAGCUGGUGUAA